AUGAAUCCCAGUGGAGAUGCAUUCUCCUCACGCAACAGCUCCUUGCAAAGAGCCGCUUGUUUGAAAAUUCCAAAGAAUCUUCCAAUCAGGUCUUCGGACUUGACUCUUUGCAAUCCCUCCUUGUUUAGGGAUAUUGCUCCAAUAGCAUCUGGUAUAGUCAAAAGCAGCUCUGCAGAUCUUCCCAAAAGUCCAUCGAAUUCGUCAAAGAAUGCGUUGAUGAAGCCUGCCUCAUUGAGGAUGGCAUAUGCUGUUGGCUCAUUGUUGAUGAUUCCCGUCAUGAUGUUGAUUGUGUCUUCCAGAUUAUCCAACGCAAAAUCCACUUCGUACGCAAGAAGAUCAGUCAUGAUUGUAAACCCAUUGCUGGCAAUGAAGCUGUCUAGAAUGUCUGGCAACGACUUCAGGAAAAGGUCAAUCAAUUGCAAUGGCCCUGAUCUGGUCAUUCUAAAGGAGUUCUUGAGUGGUAAAAACUCUAGAAGGAUGCCCAUCAAUCCAGCAGUACGUAGAUGA